AUGGACACCAAGGCAUCAUCUCUAUCAGAAACCAAACCACAAGAAGCCACCAACAGAAAAUCUAAUAAGCAUUACGACGAAGUGUUCUAUUCCAGUGACUCUGAAGACAGUUACGAAAUGGACUGCUUCAAUGAUUAUGAUGCGAUUCCAGGUGACUACCAGGCUAGCAGCUUCAAAGGAAAGGAAAGAGAGAUCGAGCCGACUGAAUCAAAUGGAUCGCCAGACCUUGUUAAAACUUCCAUGCCCUCUCGAAUUCCAGUUUACAAGCCCAGCACCCCUCAGCGAACUGAGACUACGAAAUCGCCAGACCCAGUUCAAACUCCGGUACCCCAUCAAGUUCCAGUAUCGACCCUUACAUCUAGUAUUACAGCAGCGAUACGGAAACAGGAAGCUGCUGCUCGCGCCACUAAGAGGGAUGAGGAAGAUUGGGUUCAGAGAAUAAACAGGACCUUGGGUCGUCCCACGGACACGUGCACAAGCGCAGCAAGGGCAGAACUGACCACCCCCGUCGUAUCAUCAUCUAGCUACUUCUACGGCCUAUCGAGCCAAAGGCCAGGAAUCCAGCAGGCAGGGGCCCACCAAGUGUUGGGCAGCCAGCCACAGUCCUCGCGCAAUCCUCGACCUGAGCAAGUACAGACACUGGAAGCUGAAAUCCGCCAUCUAAAGGGGGAAGUUUGUCAGAGGGACCGGAUAUUGGAUAAGGAAAAAGAACUGAGCUUGCGGGCUACCAAGCUUCAGGAUCAAUUUCUUCAGGAUUUGUACAAACAGGAUGUCCAUAUCAGGAAACUCGAACAGACAGAGAAAUCACUCCAGGCGGAAGUUGUGGAGUUGAAAUCGCAACUGGCAACACUUCAAAGAGACCGCGAGAGCGCCCAAAAAUCACAAGAUCUUAAGGCGCUCCAUACCGAUAUCCGCAGCUUCUUUGAUCAAUUCCUAGAGCAAGACGUCCAAAUUAUGGAACUUCCCACGGCCGCUACAGAUGAGCGCUCCGAUCUUGAGGCUCAGCGCAGCAAGAUACGGGAAACCAUUCAGGCACUUCAAAAUCGACUUGCUAGAGUCAAUGGCCAAAUUAUUGAACUUGCCACAGCAACUAUAGAUGAACAACCCGAUUCCAUAGCUGAGCACAAGAUGUUUCAGAAAAGAAAUAGGGAGGAUUUAGAGGCGGCUCAAAAGCAGGUUGCUGCAAUGCAGCGCCAAUUUUUCGAUCAGGAGACAAAAAAGCAGGUCACUCCCAUUUUGGAGCCCAGGAUGAGCUAUCCUGUUACAAUCUACGACGUGGAGCCCGAACCAAUGCAGGCCGAUAUUAUUUCUCCUCCAAUGACUCGCCUCAAGGUUCCGACAAAUCGCUAUAUGAGAAAGGAUGUUCCCAAUAUCGGGAGGGAGAAUGACAAGUCAUCUACACAUAAGACGGAAGAAUGA